AUCUACUUGGACCAGAAACUGCAGGAUAAUGAUUCGACCAAAUGGAGACACCCCAGAAGAAUCAAGGGCAGUAACGAUACACAGGUCUCCUGUCAGGUCAGCAAGACUUGUAUCUUACCCUGCAGUUUCACAGCUCAUGAUGACGUUGUCAUUCACUGGAUUCAAGAGACUCCACCAGAGUCCCUGGUUCACUCCUACCAUCACAAACACGACCGAUUGGGAGAGCAGCACCAGAGGUUCAGAGGAAGAACAUCUCUGUUUGAGGACCAGAUCUCCAGAGGAAACGCUUCCCUGCUGCUGAGAGGAGUGAAGGUUCAGGACCAGGGCAGAUAUCUGUGUAACGUCAGCACCUUCACUGGAAAUAAGGAGAACUUCAUCAACCUGAAUGUGAACGCUCCAGUCCAGCACAUCAACCUUGAACAGGUACAAGAUAAAAUCACCUGCAGCUCAGAGGGGAUCUAUCCUGAACCUGGACUCACCUGGACCACCGAUCCUCCAUCCAGCGUGAACCUGCAGAACCCACCAACAGUCCAGCAGACUCAACAGCAGCUUUACAGCAUCAGCAGCUCUCUGAUACUUUCAGACGGAGAUGCUGACCUGGUCUACAUCUGCACCGUCAGCACUCCAGCAAACAGCAGGAGAUCCACUUUGCUUCGACCAGCUGUUAUAAGUGGAUCAGACACUGAAAGAAAAAUCUCCUGCUCAACCGCCAAUUACCCAAUAAGGUAUCUCAUCUGGACAUUUAACCACAAAGAGAUCAUCCUGACACAGAGCGGAGAUGAAUGCCCCUACGCAGCUUCAGAUGGGUGGAAGCAGCACGUGAUGACUGUAUCAGAGACAGGAAGUCUCACUCUGAAGGAUUUAUCUUCAGACCAGACAGGAACAUACAAAUGUGAACUCAGAGAUGAAGAGGAAACAUACGUGAAAUACACCUUUCUUCACAUCCCAAAAGAUUGGACUGGAGUUAUUGUAGGAGUGGUGGUGGGUGUGCUGCUGGUGGUCUUGGUUACUGGAGUCGUUGGUUACAAAUACAGGAAAAGGAGGAGGAGGAAUAAAAGAGAUAAAGAGGAGGUUCUGGAUCAGUUGGGCAUGGAUGAGUACGACUCAACAGAAGGGGUUAAACAGAGAGAGAGAAAGAGACUGAUGUCGGCUAUGGAGGAGUGCAGAGUUCGAUUCGUUGGUUGCAAACUCUCAAAGACUCACUAUGAAGUUGUUGCGUCCGCUCUGAAGUCUAAAGACUCCCGUCUGACAGAACUGGACCUGAGUAAGAGCAGCCUGGAGGAUUCAGGAGUGAAGCUUCUGUCUGAUGGACUGGAGAGUCCAAACUGUAGACUGGAGAAUCUCAGAUUGAAGAGCUGCAGGUUGUCAGAGAUCAGCUGUUCUUCUCUGGUCUCAGCUCUGAAGUCCAACCCCUCCCAUCUGAAACAUCUGGACCUGAGCUGGAACCAGAACCUGCAGGAUUCAGGAGUGAAACAUCUGUGUGGAUUCCUGGAGAGUCCAGACUGCAGACUGGAGACUCUGAGAUUGGAGCGCUGCAGUUUGUCAGAGAUCAGCUGUUCUUCUCUGGUCUCAGCUCUGAAGUCCAACCCCUCCCAUCUGAAACAUCUGGAACUGAGUAUCAACAACCUGCAGGAUUCAGGAGUGAAACAUCUGUGUGGAUUUCUGGAGAGUCAAGACUGCAGACUGGAGACUCUGAGGUUGUGGAGCUGCAGUUUGUCAGAGAUUGGCUGUUCUUCUCUGGUCUCAGCUCUGAAGUUCAACCCCUCCCAUCUGAAACUUCUGGACCUGAGUGGGAACCUGCACCUGAAGGAUUCAGGAGUGAAACAUCUGUGUGGAUUUCUGGAGAGUCCAGACUGCAGACUGGAGACUCUGAGGUUGUGGAACUGCACUUUGACAGAGAUCAGCUGUUCUUCUCUGGUCUCAGCUCUGAAGUCCAACCCCUCCCAUCUGGAACAUGUGGACCUGAGAGGGAACUACCUGCAGGAUUCAGAUAUGAAGCAGCUUUCUGAUCUGGUGGAGAGUCCAGACUACCAGCUGCAGACUCUCAGGUGGGAUUGGUAUGACUGGCCAGGAGGGUGUUUGUGAUGAGAGGAUGAGUCGUGUCCUGAUGGUCCUCAGAGGUUGAAGCAGAACCAGUUUGUGUGGACAGACUCGGACUGGAUCGUGAUGAUGAUGAAGAUGAAGAUGAACAUAGUUUCUGAAUUCCAGCGUUCUACAAACUUCUCAUAUAUUCAUGUAUUUCAUGUCAAGUAAAAAAGCCUUUAUUAGGGCCCGAGCACUUCCAGUGCGAAGGCCCUAUUGUAUCUGUAGGAAUUUUUUCUUUAGGCCACGUCCGGUGAUCAUGUGAACUCUUAUGAAGGUUUAUGAACAUUUGGUGAAUAUGUGUAUUCGACUUUGAAGCCGGCUCAACCCCAGCCUGAAAUCAGCUGCUUCCUAAAAUGGCGGCCUUGUCAGAGACUACAAGAACCAGUGUGCCUUGUGGGGAGGCAAUGCCUGAAUGCACGUCCAAUCACUGGCCAGGCCCUCAUGACGUCACACAACACGCGGAGCGCAAAUCUCCGUUCCUCCCAGCUCUCGCACUCUUUCCCUCAGCUCAGCGGACAGGAUAGACCUCCUGCCGACUGGUUUAGCUGAGACCACGUCUCCCCAUUUUUCCUGAGAGCUGGGAGGGGGGGAGUCGCUUCGGAACCUGGAUUGUCCGGCGGAGCGUAAGAUCCGUUACCACGGAGCGCCUUGCGCUCCCGAUUUUCUCUCCCUCUAAUUUCUCUCUCCGCUCUGAGUCUCUCUUGCAAAGGGGGACCUCAUCCUCCGGUCAGUGUGCCCAGAUCAGCCCGGGAAGCAUCCCGCCAUCUGAGUCCGUGACGCCCACGCGCUCAUCAGCCAAGACGGGAGCCCGCACGUCCGACAAGUGGACCAGACUUGUCCACCGAGACGACGUGACAGGCUCCGUUGACCAAGGGGGGACCACCCGGCUGCUGCACACUGCACCCCCGUCCUUUUCAUUUCAGAGGCGGAAGGAGAAGAGAGCCGGGAGACCGUUUUUUAUUUUGUGGUGCCAUUUUCCGCCAGUUAUUCACAGUUUAAAUGCCGUGCUGGUCAUCCGGUCUGAUUGCACGUGGCGUGACGAGGGCGCCACCAUCUUUAAAUACCACAGGGCCACAUGCAACCACGUUGUUUUGAACAAUAGAUGAUUGUUUGUAUCACGUGUUUAUUGUUUUGAUUUCUUUUUCCAUUCAUGCAGUUAAUGUUUCAUUUUUAUUGUUGUUUUUUUUCUUGGUAGUUGAUGGUUUUAUGUUUUAACGUAGUGUGGCAUCAGAAUUUAUUCAAUGGUGUCGCUUUUCCAUCUGCUUGACACCUGGAUGUGAAUAAAUGCUGAUUGAUUUUAA